CCCAGACCCUGGGUUUGGCUGGUGGGGACUUUGGUGACCCUAAAGGCCCUUCAGGUUCAGCCACGCAUCCGCUGUGCAGGAUGCUGGCAGGAGCUUGCUCCUGCUUUACAAAUGAAGCUGGGGCUCAGGGGACUGGGUUUACUAAAGGCCCCGCAUAAGUCCAGGUAGCGCUAGUGCAGAGCCAGGGCUGGGUUGUACACGCGUGUGCGUGCACACACACAUAUGAGUGGGGUUUACACCUCGGGUUCCCACAGCAGGACUGCCUGACUGGGAGCACUGCAUUAUCAGCAGAAAGAGCAUAGGCUUUGGAGAAGGACUGGAUGGGGGUCUGAGUCCUGUCUCACCAGGUUGACCCUGGACGAUCCCUGGGGUACUGAGUGUUUCCCAGAAGUAAGACAACAAAGGGCAACAAAGGUGGCUCCUUCCUGGUGUGGGGCCAGGGCCAACAACAGAAAGUGUGUGGAGACCUUUGUAACUCCCUUGCUGCAAGAGAGGCCUGUAUAAGAUGAAGUUACACGUGGCUGGCGUUGCCCCCGAUUGUGAACUGGGUGCUGUUGCUGGGCAUAGGGCAGCCCUGUGCCCAACACGGAUCGAUCGGCCCGCUGUCAGCCAGAUGCAGGUACGGCUGCCAGCUCAGCUGUGCUCAGACCAGGUAGCACCCACAGGUCUGCCCGCCCGUAGCAGCUCCGUGCAGAGGGAGAAGCAUUUUGCAUCGCCAUGACCUCCAAGAAGCUGGUGAACUCAGUGGUGGGCUGCGCGGACGACGCCCUGGCUGGCCUGGUGGCCUGCAACCCGGGUCUGCAGCUCCUGCAGGGCCACCGCGUGGCCCUGCGCUCUGACCUGGACAGCCUCCAGGGCCGGGUGGCCCUGCUGUCAGGUGGAGGCUCUGGCCACGAGCCUGCCCACGCCGGGUUCAUCGGGAAGGGGAUGCUGACGGGUGUCAUCGCGGGAGCUGUGUUCACCUCCCCAGCUGUGGGCAGCAUCCUGGCAGCCAUCAGGGCGGUGGCCCAGGCAGGCACAGCGGGGACUCUCCUCAUUGUGAAGAACUACACUGGGGACCGGCUCAACUUUGGCCUGGCCCGUGAGCAGGCCCGUGCCGAGGGCCUCCCCGUGGAGAUGGUGGUCAUCGGGGACGACAGCGCCUUCACCGUCCUGAAGAAGGCUGGCCGGCGGGGCCUCUGUGGCACCGUGCUGAUCCACAAGGUGGCGGGGGCGCUGGCCGAGGCUGGCGUGGGGCUGGAGGAGAUCGCAGAGCGGGUGAGCGAGGUCGCCAAGGCCAUGGGCACCCUGGGUGUGAGCCUGUCCUCGUGCAGCGUCCCCGGCUCCAGACCCACCUUUGAGCUCGCCGCCAGCGAGGUGGAGCUGGGCCUGGGGAUCCAUGGGGAAGCAGGUGUGCGCCGGGUCCAGAUGGCGACCGCCGAUGAGACUGUCGCGCUCAUGCUGGACCACAUGACGGACCCCUCCAACGUGUCCCGUGUGCCUGUGCAGCCAGGCUCCUCGGUGGUCCUGAUGGUCAACAACCUGGGUGGCCUGUCGUUCCUGGAGCUGGGCAUCGUGGCUGACGCUGCUGUCCGCUGCCUGGAGGGCCGCCAGGUGAAGAUCGCCCGUGCCCUGGUGGGCACCUUCAUGUCCGCCCUGGAGAUGCCCGGCGUCUCUCUCACCCUCCUGCUGGCAGACGAGCCCCUCUUGAAGCUGAUAGAUGCUGAUACCACCGCAGCAGCCUGGCCGCACAUGGCCAGGGCGUCCGUGACCGGGCGGACACGGAGCAGGGCAGCCCCCACCGCACCUCCAGAGGCCCCUGAAGCUGCUGCUGCUGCAGGAGGUGUGCCCUCACACAGGGUGGUGCAUGUGCUGGAGCAGGUGUGCACCACCCUGCAGGACCUGGAGGAGCCCCUGAACGCCCUGGACCGGGCAGCCGGUGACGGGGACUGUGGGACCACCCACAGCCGCGCGGCCCAAGCCAUCCAGGGCUGGCUGGAGCAGGGCCCGCCACCCACCAGCCCCGCGCGCCUGCUCUCCAGCCUGUCCGUCCUGCUGCUGGAGAAGAUGGGGGGCUCCUCUGGGGCGCUCUACGGCCUGUUCCUGACCGCAGCUGCCCAGCCCCUCAAGGCCAAGACCGACCUGGCCGCCUGGUCUGCUGCCAUGGACGCCGGCCUGGAUGCCAUGCGGAAGUACGGAAAGGCUGCACCAGGCGACAGGACCAUGCUGGACUCCCUGUGGGCAGCAGGACAGGAGCUCCAGGCCUGGAAGCACCCCGGGGCCAGCCUCCUGCCUGUCCUGAAAAAAGCAGUGCAGAGUGCUGCUGCCGCAGCUGAGGCCACCAAGACCAUGGAGGCCGCGGCAGGCAGGGCCAGCUACAUCAGCUCUGCCCGCCUGGACCAACCGGACCCCGGCGCAGUGGCUGCCGCUGCCAUCCUCCGAGCCAUCCUGGAGGCCUUGCAGAGCCUGGCCGUGUGACUGCCUUGCCCAGCCAGUUCCUCUCCCUCCAGCCUGCACCUGCCCUGAGUGUGGCAGGAGCCCUGCACUGGCCUGUGGAGUCAGCUGGAGUGGGGUCCUGCCUUUGCAGGGUGGGGUACAGCCCCCAGGUCGCUGCCCCUAACCCUUCCAGGAAGGCCUUCCAAGCCUGAACCCAGUCUGCACGGAAAAGGAAGCUGAGCAAUAAACCACAUGGAGCGCA